AUGCAGGCGCUCAUCAGCACCGUCGCUGCCGGCGGUGGUGCUCGGCCACCGGAGAUGUUCGUGUUCAGGUCGUCGAUACUGGAUGUCGGCAACAACAACUACCUGCGGGGGGCAGCCGUCGAUAGGGCCAACAGCCCCUACAACGGCGUCGACUUUUCGGGCUCCAUCCCCAUCGAAAGGUUCAGCAACGGCUACAACAUCGCCGACUACAUCGCCAAGAACAUGGGAUUCGCGUGUAGCCCUCCUCCCUAUCUAUCGCUGGCACAUAGCUCAUCCAGCCCUCUGAAUGCCGGAAACACCGUCCCGUUGUCGAAGGAGGUGAAAUACUUCGGCGCCACCAAGGCCAAGAUGGUCGCCGCAGUGGGUCCCGACACGGUGAACCCAGUGAUCUCCAGGUCCAUCUUCCUCAUCGGCAUGGGCAACAACGACCUGUACGUCUUCGCGGCUUCGGAGCGGGUGCAGAACAGGUCAGACGCAGAGCAGCGGAGGGACGCCGCCGCCGCGCUCUACGGCAGCCUCAUCUCCAACUACUCCGCCACCGUAACGGAGGUGUACUCGCUGGGCGCCAGGAAAUUCGCCAUCAUCAACGUCUGGCUGCUCGGAUGCGUGCCCGGGGAGCGCGUGCUCAGCCCGACGGGCGCAUGCUCGGACAUCCUCAACCAGGUCGUCGCCGGCUUCAACGAAGCCCUGGGGUCCCUGCUGGUCGACCUCGCCUCGAGGCUGCCGGGCCUCGUCUACUCCCUCGGCGACUCCUUCGGCUUCACAGAGGACAUCUUGGCGAACCCAGGGGCGUCAGGGUACACCGACGUCGCUAGCACGUGCUGCGGGGUCGGGCGGCUGGGCGCGGAGGCGUGGUGCACGCGCAACUCCACGCUCUGCGUCAACCGUGACCAGUGGACUGCGUUUCUCAUCGCCCAAGCGUUCUACGACGGACCGUCUAAGUACACUACUCCUAUCAACUUCAUGCAACUCGCCCAGUCAAGUUAG